AUGUCUUCAAAUGAUACUAGUAUUCGUCAACUUCAACUAGCUACUCAAUAUAUCGCAAUUGCUAUAGGUUUUCCUAUUCUGAUCGCUGGAAUUAUUGGUAAUUUUUUAAAUAUUUUAGUUUUUCUCACCUUGGGAAAUUAUAAAACUAAUGCUAGCUCAUUUUAUAUGCUUGCAAAAUCAAUUUUUGAUUUAAGUGCACUUAUAUUUGGUCUCAUUGGUCAUAUUCUCAUUCAAGGUUUUCGUUCAAGUGCAUUGACAAGUGAAACUUGGUGUCGAAUACGUAUUCCAUUAUUAUAUAUCAGUUCACUUUCAUCUUAUACUUGUCUCUGUUUACAAUCGAUUGAUUCAUUUUUAUGUUCUUCACGCAAUGCUGUUUUACGUCAACAGAGCACUGUUCAGCGAGGCAGAUAUUUAAUUCUUGGUUUUUUAUUACUAUGGUUUUGUAAUGAGUGUCCAUAUUAUUUCAUGCAACAAUUAUCUAUUAUACCUAAUUGGAGAUGUCAAACAACAAAUACACUCUAUGCUCAAUAUCGUAGUUAUUUUACUAUUCUAACAUUAUCAGUGAUUGCUCCAAUAGUAAUAACUAGUUUGUUUGGAUACCUUUCAUAUCGAAAUCUGCAUCUAUCGAAUUUAAAUAGACAACCAACAGUUUCGAAUUUUAGUAGACAAAUGAUCAGUAUGACUUUAUUGGCAAUUCUUAUUGUCAUUCUAUUUCAAUUGCCAUAUGCAAUUGCACAAAUGUAUUUUACAGCAACAGCAAAUUAUUCAAAGAGUAUUUAUCGUCAAACACAAGAACAAUUAGCCAAUGUUUUCUUCUUUAUUUAUACUUACAAUGCUAGUGUGAGUUCUUUCUAUGCUUAUUGUAUAGCUUCACAGCGAUUUCGACAACAAAUCGUACAAGUACUGAAACAGUUGAAAACAAUUUUUCAAAGAAGAAAUCAAGUCUUACCAUUUACUGAAACUGGUCGUUCAGCGACGCAAAAAAAGACAACUCAAUUAUAA